GGCAGGCUUCUCUCCAUCCCAGAGAGAAAUGGCCGUUCUCAUUCUUACAUACACACUAGCAACAUAUCUUGACGUUUAGCAGCUAAUGUGUUUUAGGGACUGGACUGCUCUGCCGAGACUCUCCGCUUCGCUGUGUUGUGCUGUACAAUACCGUGAAUGUAAAUGUUGAGUUUAAGGUAAAGUCUUAUCCUCUGGAAGGCUAGUUCUGCUGUUAGCUACCUGCCAGCCUGCUAGCGUUAGCGCGUUAGCUGCCGAGCCACUGGUCAUCCUACACUGCUCGAUAUAGUCUAUUCAUGGGAAAUAAAUAGGACCUGAACCACAAGAGGACCGUCUUCCCGUGUUAAUAGAAGUUAAAUAAACGGGUAACCCCGAGCCUAAAUGCCCGAACAAGGCCCCAGGAUGAAUGGUUUUUCUCUUGGUGAGCUGUGCUGGUUGUUCUGCUGUCCGCCCUGUCCGAGUCGCAUCGCGGCCAAGCUAGCCUUCCUCCCCCCGGAGCCCACGUACUCUGUGCACACGGACGCUAACGGGGCAACUAGCUUACAUUUAACCGAGCGGGCGGACUGGCAGUAUUCUCAGCGGGAGCUCGAUGCGGUGGAAGUGUUUACCACCAGAAGCAGCCGGGGUAACCGGGUCGGGUGCAUGUUUGUGCGGUGCGCCCCGAACAGUCGCUACACACUGCUGUUCUCCCAUGGCAACGCAGUGGACCUCGGGCAGAUGUGCAGCUUCUACAUCGGCCUAGGCUCCAGGAUCAACUGCAACGUGUUCUCCUACGAUUACUCGGGCUACGGAGUCAGUACUGGCAAGCCUUCUGAGAAGAACCUGUAUGCGGACAUCGAGGCGGCCUGGCAGGUCCUGAGGAACAAGUACGGUGUUGCUCCGGAGAACAUCAUCUUGUACGGUCAGAGCAUCGGUACGGUGCCCACCAUCGACCUGGCUGCUCGCUAUGAAUGUGCUGCUGUCAUCCUUCACUCACCGCUCAUGUCAGGGCUGCGGGUGGCCUUCCCCGACACACGGAAGACCUACUGCUUUGAUGCCUUCCCCAGCAUCGACAAGGUGUCCAAGGUGGCGUCCCCGGUGCUGGUGAUCCACGGCACCGAAGAUGAGGUGAUCGACUUCUCCCAUGGCCUCGCCAUGUACGAACGCUGCCCCCGCGCCGUGGAGCCGCUGUGGGUGGAGGGGGCCGGCCACAACGACAUCGAACUGUACGCCCAGUACCUGGAGAGACUCAAGCAGUUCAUCUCCUUCGAGCUGCCCACCUCCUGAGGGGGUGUGGGUGACGGGGCUGCUCAGCACUGAGGCCAGGGAUCAUCUCGACACACUCCUUAUCAUCUCCCAACUUCCAGCAUCGGGCAGGACUGGCUCUCACUGUCCUGGAGGCAAUCGGGGGAGGAAUGUGUAGGCGAUUGGAAAAAGAGGGUUUUAGAUUGUUGAGGUGCAGCCAGGAGUCGGGGAGGGCCAGGAGCGUCCUGGGGAGGGAGGUGAGGCUCUGGCUGAACACGGACUGUCCACACACCCUGGCAGCUGCUCUUCAUGUGGACACAGUGUUUGCACUUGCUGCUCAAUCUGGAUCAUUUUUAAACUCUCCUUCCCUUCCUCCUCUCACUCCGUCUCCCCAUCCUGCUCCAGAGCUCCAGCUCGUCACAUGUCCAUACCCCUCCCCCGUCCCUGUUUCUCCUUUUUUUUUGACCAAGUCUUUGCAAGCUUGAUUUUUGUAUUCUUUUAUACCAAAUGAAGGAAGCAUCAAUUUUUUUGCACCUUGAGACAAAUGAAGUUUUUUACUUUUUUCUGUAAUUUUAAGUUACCAUUCAGGGUUUACCAAACAAUUGCACUUUUGAUGUGCACAUAUUUUCAGGUGGUGUUUUUGUGUUUGGAUAUGAAGAUGUUGGUUUUCUUUUGUUAUCUGCAUUCCAUGUUUUUUUGUAUUAAUUGCAGUAGAAGCUUUUUGUCAGUGUAAUCCUGAUGCGUGCUGCUCUCUCACAGGAAGACGGUAAUACCAAACCUUAUUAAAAAAAAUCUACCAAUUAUCAACUCUUUACUGCUGCACCCAGUCUACUGGUAAACUCAGCAUACAGACAGCAUCUUAAACACAAAGGGCAUUUAAAAGUGUACAAUAACUGAGCAGAUGGUGCUUCAUGAAAGUCUGCAGUGUUUAUUGAAAUACAUUUUGAUAGGUGGAUCAUCUGAAUGCAAAAUGUAAUGCUGAUUUUACCAGAGCACAUACAAAUUAAAGUAAAAUGCCUCAAAGGUCCUUCAGUAAAUGGAUGUUAUCAGCCUGUGUUGCAGGAUAUAAAUACACCAUCUCAACAUACACAGACAUAUUGCUCCAUAGCCCACGGUCUAAUUAGCACGGACAUUUUGAGAACGCAGUGAUAUCCUCACUAACUGAAUCUUCCCUGGGGGGCAGAGAGCAGCAGGCAUCGGGCUACACUUCUGGGAACGGGAGAUCAUGUACUAAUAAGACUUGACUGAACAGAAACACUUGACUCAGUACUGUAAACUGCAGCCGGGGUUCACCUGCAGCCAGAAGGACUGACCCUGCUCCAUGUGAAGGUGUUCCAGGUUUGGGUGUUGUCACUCAUCUCUGACUACUACUACUACUACUAAAAAAAGCCUUAUGUUCGUAAACAUUUCAGCCAGCUCUGUGGUCUUUAUAACUGCUGCUAUUCUUCAGAGGUCUCAGUCAAUCACUGUGAAAGCCAGACAGUUUGAACAGUGAGGUGAGAGCAAGGUACUAAAAACCAAAUUCAGCCUGAGCCGUGUGGGCUCUCCUUCACCACCUCUGAGCCGGGGAUCGCGUUUUCUUUACCCAGCUGGAACUCCAAAGACCUGACAGAAGCACCAUGGGGAGAUCUGAAGGGAGCAUGCAAUCACCUCUCCUCGCUGUUGAAUCAUUUUUUAUAUCCCCCCCUGCAAAGUAAAACACUAAACCAUUUAUCUAACAUGUUCAACAAUCACGAUGGAGUAAAGCGAGACACCGUCCCGUUCAAGCUGAUCAGAACGAUUGUGUUUGAGGGAUGUUUUCAGAGCGGUCAAUGAUUGGUCCGUGUGCUGCUGUGAAGUGGUUUGUCAUUUGAGUGUCGGUGUUUUCUGAUUUUUAGCUAAUGUCGGGUUGAUGUUUUGGAGCCUCCGAUCAUCUCUACUGUUGUCUUGUUGCUCCUCUUUUUUAAGCUGAUGAAGACCCCGCUCCAGUCUCUGAUUAUUGUUUUGAUACUGACAUUUUUACGAGGUUUUUUCCAGUCUUAACUGUUGAUAGGUUUACACUGUCUCUGAAAGCUGGUUUGUACGAUAAUCCUCUAACAAUAUAUCUUCUCUAUACAUAUUCGCCCUCACCUUGGGCCGUCUAGUCUUGUUGCUUUUAACACUGGAAUCACGAUAUGCAAAAGAAAGGCAGAUGAAGCUAGUCGUAUCAGAUGUUGAUGUGUAAAUCAGAUGAGCCUUAAUCAUGUUGUGAAGCAGAUUGUCCUACAUGUGGUAGUUGCGGGAAGGCAGCACAAUGGAUGUUUUAAUGAUUAUAAUGGAAUAAAGAAUGCAUGGAAGUGUA